GGAGUCGCUCUGUGAUGGGUGGGGGUGCUGCCAUGAGCGUGGCGCUGCGAAAUGCGCAGCGCGCCGUGCCCGUGCGCCGGGCCGCGCUCCGCCGCGCCGUGUGUACCUUGCGCGCCGCCCUGGGCGCCUCCCGCUUCGACGUAGGGCUAGUUUGCGCCAGCAACGCGUUGAUGCAGCGACUGAACGGCGUCUACCGACAUUGCCCGGAGCCCACCGACGUCCUCUCUUUCCCGUUCCACCAAGUGGAGGCGGGGGAGCUGCCGCGGCCGUGCUGCCGCGGCGAUUACAACCUGGGGGACAUCUUUCUAGGGGUAGAAUACAUCCACCAGCAGUGCCGCGAAACCGGGGAGGAUUUUGACGAUGUCCUGACGGUGACGGCGGCUCACGGAUUGUGCCACCUGCUUGGCUUCCGGCACGACACGAAACCCGAGUGGGAGCAGAUGUACCAGAAGGAAGCGCAAAUCCUGGAGGAGCUGAACCGCCUUACAGGCUCCUGCUUGCGGCCCCUCACCGCCGGCCUCUUCUGAGAGACUUGAGAGGGGCUGGGGCUCCGCCAGCGCCGCCCCGGACGUGGCGUG